GUAUUGCCGAAUGCCAAUUUGCAUUUUUGAUAGAUUUGUCAAUUAGUAAGAUUUCAGAUUCGUAAGAUAUAAACAGAAAGAACUUAGAAAGUACGUAAUAAUGGGUGAAUUAGUUUGGGGAAUUAAAAACGGCGAUAUUGAUCAAGUAAAAGACAUCGUUGAACAAAAGAAAAUAGAUGUAAACGCACUUAUCGAUGGACGAGUUCCCUUACAUUAUGCUGCAGAUUACGGCCAGACCGCUGUUGUAAAUUAUUUAUUAGACAAAGGAGCUGAUCCCAAUAUGGUUGACAAACAUGGAAUAUCUGUGAUUCUUGCUGCUAUUUGGGAAGGGCAUACUGAUUGUGUUAAAACAUUACUAAAACAUGGUGCAUCCAAAAAUGGCAAAACUCCAGAUGGCACACCAUACAUUGAAGCUGCUGAAAAGGAUGAGAUCAAAGAGCUAUUAACAUAGAAAGAACCCAAAAAUCUAAUUCUUUAAGUUAAAUUCGCUCACAGUAAAAAAAAUUUAAGCUACAUCAAACCAGUAGAUUGAAAUUAAAUUAAUGAUCAUAUAUUUACAUGCAUUUAUUUAUAUUGCGAUUAAUUAUUAUUAUAGUCUCAAGAUUUUAUUAUGAAUUAAGGAAAAAAGCAUAGUUAUGUAUUAUGACUGCGUCCACUAGUACUAUUUGUUUAUAUUAUCUACUAACAAGUACUUUUUAAGUCAUAUAAACUAACCAAUUGCACGAAGGUUUUGUAAUGCAUUUCAGGUUUUUUUGUUUAUAGCAUUUCUUUACUUUUAAAGGCCUACACUCUGAAUGCAAAUUUAUUAUUUUAUAUAAUGGAGAAGGCAACAUAAUAUAAAGGGAGUAAAUAUAAUUGCUAAAAUAAACCCAUAAAAUAUG